AUGCAACUCAACCCUCUGUCUCAGGAAACUUGGAGACAUGGACAACACUGUGCCUACUCCAACAUCACUGAAAGGUUGUCUAGCUUGACUCUCCAGGAGCCCAGCGUCAGCCAUCUCUCCCAGAUUCUCUCUCCUGGAGACAGAAGGUCCUACGUGCUUGAUGACUCUUUAUCCAAUUCCAUCCAGCGAGAGUCCCUGGCUGUUCCCACGGGGCUUGAGGACAAUGCCUCCAGUGGUCAGCAGCAGCAGCAGCAGCAGCAGCACAUGGCUGUCCCUGAGGAUCUGGAAGAGGAGGAAAUCGCCCCUACAGCUGUGAAAUACCGCCUGCAGCUGCUCAAGCAGGCCCCAUUACAGAGCAUGAGUUCCAGUGUACACAGCCAGUGCCACAAGCCUGGGUGGAUGCCGUUCAGCAAAACCCAGAGAGAGUGGUUCAAGCCCUGGAAUAUGACAAACCCUGAGGCGGAGCGCUACCAUUCAGGUUACACCCAGGGCAGAAGAGCAACACCAAGAAGACAACUGAGACAUGUGGAGUAUGACAACCAGGACCAGGACACCCAAGUCCUAGUGUGGAGUCAUGCCCUCUUCCCUGGUCUAGACAAGAGCAGUCAGGGAGUCAUCCAACCCACCCAGCAUGUGUCGAGGCAGAAGGACAUGGUAUCUGGUUGGUCUAUGACCCAUGCACAUCAGGAGACGAGCCAGACAAAGCAUGGGACAGCCUUUGUGGGGACAAAGAGAACUGCCAAGUUUAAUGUCACUACAACAGCCAGGAUGCCCUCUCUGCCACCUCUCAAGCUCCUGGAGAAAAAAGUGAAGAGUAGGUGUCUCCCCACCGCAGCUGGGGUCUUCCAAGGCAGAUUACAAUCCGAACUGACCAGCAAGCAGUUCUUCCAAGACUGGCGAGCUCAGCCCCAAGGGCACUUUGGAAGCAACGAAAAGCUUCCGGCAUCAUUUGAGGAUCAAGUCAACACGAAGAUGGCAUACAUGCCCUUGUUUUCUGAAAGAGUGAAGUUUGUAAGCCCCAGAACAGUUGCAUCAAACCUGAGACAAACAUAUUCUCAACUGAGUAAGAAAAAUCAAGCAGGUCAGCUCCAGAAUCUGGCAUCACAAAAGGAACAUCUGGAGAAAAGGACUGCCUGA